AUGUCUGAGCUCGCUUUCGCCAAAUCCUUCCUCUCCUCGCUGGACUCACGUCCCAUCAAGCUCCGUUCCGACCAUGUCUUUGUCCCGGAACGAGUUGGCCUGCGUGUGCCGUACACCCUCCCCCGCUUACAAGCCCCGCACCCAGAGAUGCCCAAGAAAACAAAGCAGGCCCAGGCACCCGGUGCUUCGAAAUCGGUCAAUAUCAAAGUCAAGUCCGCCCGCAAUCCGGCCCUCGAGUUCUCCAUUACCAAUGCGCCCGUCACAACCACCACCGUCCAAGAUCUAAAAGAUGCCGUCCGGGAACGUGUCACCGAUGCACAAGGAAGCCCCGUAGCCCUGGACAAGAUCAAGGUCCUAUAUCGCCGCAAGCCCGUACCGGGAACUGGCAAGACGGUGGCUGAGGUUUUGGCUGACGAACCCGAGAUGCUGGCUGGGGGUAAAGAGGUCGAGUUUGGUGUAAUGAUUAUCGGAGGUGCCAAGGCUAUCGAGGCAGUAGAGUCCCAGCCAGAAGUCGCUCAGGAACAAGAUGUACCAAAGCCAGCAGUGGGGCCCAGCGGUGCUGAGGUGUUGCAGACGGAGGCCUUCUGGGAUGAUUUGCAGGGAUUCAUGGAGCAACGGUUGAAGGAUGCCGAUGAGGCGAAGCGCUUAGCAGUGCUCUUCAAGGGUGCUUGGAGCUCAAGUCAAUAG